AUGGGUGGCUCAGUGUCGAAGAUUAUGGGCAAGAUUUUUGGGACGAAGGAGAUGCGGAUUCUCAUGUUGGGUCUCGAUGCUGCUGGAAAGACGACGAUUCUAUACAAACUCAAACUCACCAACCAGGACGUCACCACAAUUCCCACGGUCGGAUUCAACGUCGAGAGCGUCACCUAUAAAAAUGUGAAAUUCAACGUGUGGGAUGUGGGUGGUCAGGACAAGAUACGACCUCUCUGGAGACACUACUACUCCGGAACCCAAGGUUUGAUUUUCGUGGUGGACUCUAGCGACACGUCUCGACUGGAGGAGGCCCGCUCAGAACUUCACAAGAUCAUCAACGACCGCGAAAUGAAAGACGCCCUCCUACUCGUGUUCGCGAACAAACAGGAUGUCCCAGGACACUUGAGCCCGGACGAGAUCAUCAGCGCGCUUAAACUGCACAGUCUAAAGGAUAAGGUGUGGUACGUUGCGCCCAGCGUUGCUACUGAGGGUACUGGUAUCUUCGAAGGACUGGCUUGGCUCUCAAACAACGUCAAAGUCCAACAACCCCAAAAAUAA